AUGAAGGCGGCUGAUGAGCCUGCCUACCUGACAGUGGGAACGGAUGUAAGUGCCAAGUACCGAGGUGCCUUCUGUGAGGCAAAAAUUAAGACCGUGAAAAGACUGGUGAAAGUUAAGGUACUCCUGAAACAGGACAAUACUACACAGUUGGUGCAAGAUGACCAAAUAAAAGGUCCUUUAAGAGUUGGAGCUAUUGUUGAAAUAAGGACAUCCGAUGGAUCCUUUCAGGAAGCUAGUAUCAGCAAGUUGACAGAUGCUAGUUGGUAUACUGUAGUGUUUGAUGAUGGUGAUGAGAGGACAUUGAGACGCACCUCACUUUGCUUAAAAGGAGAGAGACAUUUUGCUGAGAGUGAGACACUUGAUCAGCUUCCAUUAACAAAUCCAGAGCAUUUUGGAACUCCAGUAAUUGCAAAGAAGACGAACAGAGGAAGGAGGUCCUCUCUUCCUGUUAAUGAAGAUGAAAAGGAGGAAGAAACUACUGAAGAUGAAGAUGACGAUAAGAGACGUCUCAAUGAUGAAUUGUUAGGAAAAGUUGUAAGUGUGAUAUCUACUUCUGAGAAGACCGAAUGGUAUCCUGCUUUGGUAGUAUCUCCCAGUUGUAACGAUGACAUCACAGUGAGAAAAGACCAGUGUUUAGUUCGAUCAUUUAUCGAUUCUAAAUUUUAUUCUAUAGCAAGAAAGGAUAUCAAGGAAGUGGACAUUCUCAAUUUGCCUGAAUCUGAACUCUCUGCUAAACCAGGGCUACAGAAAGCAACCAUCUUCUUAAAAACUAGAGUUGUUCCUGAUAAUUGGAAAAUGGAUAUAAGUGAAAUCCUUGAGUCAUCUAGCAGUGAUGAUGAAGAUGGCUCCCGUGAAGAAAAUGAGGAAGAGAAGGAAAAGGAGGCCAAAAAGGAAGAAGAAGAAGUGCCUGAGGAAGAACUUGAUCCUGAAGAGAGGGACAACUUCCUCCAACAGCUUUAUAAGUUUAUGGAAGACAGAGGUACUCCAAUCAACAAACCACCUGUUUUGGGCUAUAAAGAUCUCAAUCUCUUCAAACUCUUUAGACUGGUUUAUCAUCAGGGUGGAUGUGACAAAAUUGAUAGUGGUGCUGUAUGGAAGCAAAUUUAUAUGGACCUUGGAAUUCCUAUUUUGAAUUCAGCUGCUUCCUACAAUGUAAAAACUGCCUAUAGAAAGUAUCUCUAUGGUUUUGAAGAGUACUGCCGUUCUGCAAAUAUUCAGUUCAGAACUGUUCACCACCAUGAACCAAAAGUAAAAGAGGAAAAAAAAGACUUAGAAGAAUCAAUGGAAGAGACUCUAAAACUAGACCAAGAAAUGCCUUUAGUAGAAGUAAAGAGUGAACCCGAGGAAAAUAUUGAUUCAAACAGUGAAAGUGAAAGAGAAGAAAUAGAAUUAAAAUCUCCACGUGGACGAAGGAGAAUUGCUCGAGAUGCAAAUUCUAUUAAAAAGGAAAUUGAAGAAGAGAAAACAGAAGACAAAUUAAAAGAUAAUGAUACAGAAAGUAAGGAUGUGAGUGAUGACUAUGAAACUGCAGAGAAAAAAGAAAAUGAGCUACUACUGGGGAGAAAAAAUACACCAAAGCAAAAGGAGAAGAAAAUUAAAAAGCAGGAGGAUUCUGACAGAGACUCAGAUGAAGAGGAAGAGAAAAACCAAGAGAGGGAAGAAACUGAAAGCAAAUGUGACUCUGAAGGAGAGGAAGAUGAGGAAGAUAUGGAACCCUGCCUAACAGGAACCAAAGUAAAAGUAAAAUAUGGACGGGGGAAAACACAGAAAAUCUAUGAAGCCAGUAUUAAAAGCACUGAAAUUGAUGAUGGAGAAGUUUUAUAUUUGGUACAUUACUAUGGUUGGAAUGUGAGGUAUGAUGAAUGGGUGAAAGCUGAUAGGAUAAUCUGGCCUUUGGACAAAGGUGGACCAAAGAAAAAACAGAAGAAAAAAACUAAAAAUAAAGAAGACAGUGAAAAAGAUGAAAAGAGGGAUGAAGAGAGACACAAGUCAAAACGGGGACGACCUCCUUUAAAAUCCACCCUUUCAUCAAGCAUGCCAUAUGGUUUGUCUAAGAUUCCAAACAGUGACGGAAAAUCAGACUCUUGUUCAUCUGAUAGUGAAACAGAAGACCUUUUAGAAAAGAAUUUGAUGAAUGAAGAACUUUCUCCUGAUAUUAAAGAAGAACUAGAAAGAAACGAAAGUUUAAAUGAUGAUAAACUUGAUGAAGAAAAUCCAAAGAUUGCUGCACAUGUAUUAAAGGAAAACGAUAGGACUCAAAUGCAGCCUUUUGAGACUUUGAAAUUAGAUAUUGAAGAGAAUGAACAAAUAGUACAGAUUUUUGGAAAUAAAGUGGAACAAACAGAAGAAGUUAAGAAAGAGGCAGAAAAGUCCCCAAAAGGAAAAGGGAGACGAAGCAAGACAAAAGAUCUUUCUUUAGAAAUUAUCAAGAUUUCAUCAUUUAGUCAAGAUGAAGUAGGAAAUGAAUCUCAUAUAGAAACUCACAGUCUAGAAUUUCCUUCACUAGACAAUAAAAACUUUUCUUCUGCUACUAAAGAUGAAAUUGACCAAUGUUCAAAAGAAAAAAAGUUGAAACGGAAAAUACUGGGACAUUCAUCACCAGAGAAAAAAACAAGAAUUGAGAAUGGAAUGGAAAUGACAAAUAGCAUGUCUCAAGAAAGGACCAGUGAUUGUGUUGCAUCUGAGGGAGUGAAAAACUUAAAUUUUGAACAACACUUUGAAAUAGAAAAUGAAGGAAUGCCAUCAUUGAUAGCAGAGUCAAACAAAGGCAUUCAGGAAUUGACUAGUGAGAAAUUUGAUAGUCCAGCUGAAGAAACUGUAAAUACUCCACUGAAGGAAGAGGAGGAUACAAUGCCUCUGAUUGGGCCUGAAACCUUGGUUUGCCAUGAAGUGGAUUUGGAUGAUCUGGAUGAAAAGGACAAGACCAGUGUUGAGGAUGUAGUAGUUGAAAGCUCUGAGUCUAACUCUCUUGUUUCUAUUCCAUCCACCCUACCUUCUGUAGUACAGCAUAACUUUUCAGUAGCUUCACCACUUACUCUCAGUCAAGAUGAGUCUCGAAGUAUAAAAAGUGAGAGUGACAUAACCAUAGAAGUGGAUAGUAUUGCUGAAGAAUCUCAAGAAGCCCUCUGUGAGAGGGAAUCAGCAAAUGGAUUUGAAGACACCAUCACCUCUGCUGCCUGUAGUAUAAUUGUUCAAGAAAGAGAGAGCAGAGAGAAGGGUCAGAAAAGACCAAGUGAGGGAAAUAGUGGAUUACUGGCAAAAAAGCAAAAGCGUACCCCAAAGCGAACAAAUGCUGUAGCCAAAAAUGAGAAGAAUGGAGCAGGACAAAGUAGUGAUAGUGAAGAUCUUCCUGCCAUAGAUAACUCAAGUAAAUGUACCCCAGUAAAGCAUCUUGGUGUAUCUAAGCCACAGAAGCUUGCACGAUCUCCUGCAAGAAUAUCUCCUCACAUCAAAGAUGGAGAAAAAAAUAAACACAGAGAAAAACAUCUGAAUUCAUCCCCUAGGACAUAUAAGUGGAGCUUUCAACUCAAUGAAUUAGAUAAUAUGAACAGUACAGAGAGAAUCUCUUUUCUCCAAGAAAAACUACAGGAAAUCAGAAAAUAUUACAUGUCUUUAAAGUCUGAAGUUGCAACCAUCGACAGGAAGAGAAAAAGAUUAAAAAAGAAAGACAGAGAAGUGUCUCACGCAGAAGCCUCCAUGUCAUCUGCUUCAUCAGACACUGGAAUGAGUCCCUCAUCAUCAUCGCCCCCACAAAAUGUACUUCCUGAAGAAUGGAGGUGA